AUAAACAUGAAGGAUGAGCGAUUCAGUCUAAUGUCAGAAACUUGCAUUCUGAAAUUAUAUUAUGUAUGUCUCAAUCUUCAACUGUGAUCAAUUAAGAAAAAAACCUUUUAAUUUCAUACAUUUAAAAGAUGACUAUUAUUUAAUUUCUUAGUACUGAUUGUUUAAAUAUAAGCUAUCCUAAAAUUGAGAAUUUAACAAAAUUAGUGUGGCAGAAUAUGAAAGUUUUAAAAACAGUACAAUAUAUGUUUUAUGUUCAUGCAAGAAAUAUCAGUUUGAGUAAUAUUUCUCACAAAACAGUUCCAACAAAUUUAAAAGGAAAAUCUAAGAGCUCCCAAGAGUGGCUUACUAGACAACUGAACGAUGAGUAUGUUAAAAGAUCGAGGUAUCAUGGAUAUCGAUGUAGAAGUGCUUUCAAGCUAUUAGAAAUAGAUGAGAAGUAUAAAAUUUUAAAACCUGGUGAUGCCGUCGUAGACUGUGGUGCUGCACCUGGGUCGUGGACACAAGUUGUUGUGAAUAAGUUAAAACUCGAUAAGGAAACUGCAGAUGGUAAACCUCGAAAGGGAGUAGCAAUUGCUGUGGAUCUUCAACAUAUAGAAUCUAUUAAAGGUGCAAUUGUGAUACCAGAAUCAGAUUUCACUCAACUUGAAGUUCAAGAAAAGAUAAAAAGUUUUUUGCCAUCUGGACAAGCAAAUACUAUAUUGAGUGAUAUGGCUCCAAAAGCAUCUGGCACUCCAGAACUUGACUCGGCAGCACUCAUGCGUCUUGUAUAUAGUGCCUUGAAAUUUUCAUACAUGGUACUGAAGAAUAAUGGUACAUUUGUAUGUAAAGUAUGGGAUGGACAAGAUGUUGACAAAUUUUAUCAGACAUUGCAGAAUUUGUUUACAAAUGUAAAACGUUGUAAACCCAAAGCUAGUCGAUCUGAUUCAUCUGAACUGUAUUUAAUAGCGACUGGAUUCAAAAGACCUGAAAAUAAAAUUUGAUUUUAAUUGUUUUAUUUGCCAUUUGACUAGGGUUUUAGCUUAUAUAAAAUUGUACUUUAACAAUAUUUUCAUAUAUAGAUUAUAAUUUUACUUGAAUUGCAAUAAAAUUAUACUGUUUACUUUGUUA